UGUCUCGAUGUGUCAUAUGACAGAACAACCACGUUUAACGGAUCCAUGCACGGAACCACAUGUGCAUACGUGUGUGUACAAACACGGUUUCCACAGCAGACGCAGCUGUCCGGCCCGUAGGACCGAGCCUAUGUCACUGUAACUCUAUUUUAGGACCCCGUGUUGUUCAAAAGGUCAGAUAAAGAAGCGUAGGAAUCCUCGCAAAGCUGUGGGUGGGGGUGUCGGGUUGAGGGAGGGUGAAGGCGGAUAUCCACAAACCAACACACACAGGGAGACACGGACAGGGAGGCAAAGUCUGGUAGUGAGAGGCCACGAGGACAAUAAGUUGAGCUUCUGUGAGGAGGGUUCACCUUUGGCUGAAUGAAAAGGGAAGGAAGAGGAGAUCGUUUAGGAGUCCAACAGAAAGUCUGAUCUGACCUUCGAGCCAGUUGACGCGCAGACAUUUGUGGACAUCAUGGACGGAGAAUCGUCCAGCGUUGAGACAUCUACAGAGAGUCAGACUGACACCAACAACAACAACAGCCAGGCGAGUGAGUCAGGCCUGGUGGAGAGUAAAGACCAAGUGGAGACAGCAGAAGGUCAGGGGGUAAUGGAGGUGGUGGAGAAGGGGGAGACGGGUGAGAAGGAGGAGGAAGAUAUAGUCCCAGAACAGUCAGGAGAAGAAAAGGCCAACGAUGGAGAUACAAACAAGUCCCAGACCAUGUCACAGCCUGCUGAAGGUGACGCUGAAGAGACCAGACAAGAUAAUGACAUAACAUCCUCUGGUGUUGAGGCGAAGGAGUCUGAAACGACAAGUGGAGUAAAAGAUGGGAAUGAAGAGGUGGAGGAAAACAAGAAAGGAGGGCAGGUGGAGGAGGUCCAGAGUGCUGAGACUGGGAGAGAUAAAGAGGAGGUGAAGGACAAAAACAAAGACAAAAAGAGGAGUAAAUGUGAGAAAAAUGCAAAAGAAGAAGAGAAAGAUGUGAAUGAAAAAGAGGCAAAUGGGGAGGAGAAUAAGAAACAAGCCAAAGAGGUUGACGCAGAGACAAAAGAUAAAGGAAAGACUAAGGAGGCAGAAAAGCAAGGGAAGCCCAAAAGAAAGACUGGUCCUCCUGCUUCUUCUCUUUCCCGACCGAGAGCCUCUGCACGCUCUAUUAGAGCAUCUGCUAAAAACGACAUUAUCGCCAAGUUUCAACAAGGAGCACCGGAGACACCAAUGCCUCGCAACUUCAAAAUUCAGAGGUCAUCUGGUGCCAUGGCAACAGGAGCUUCAAUCAAACAGAAGAUGCUUCAGUGGUGUCGCAACAAAACUCGCAACUAUGAGGGCGUCAACAUAGAGAACUUCUCAUCGUCCUGGUGCGAUGGAAUGGCCUUCUGUGCUCUGAUCCAUCGUUUCUUUCCAGACGCUUUCGACUAUAGCUCACUGAAUCCAGGCGAGAGGGAGAAAAACUUCACUCUGGCCUUCGAGACUGCAGAGUCCCUGGCUGACUGCUGCCCUCUUCUGGAAGUGGGCGACAUGAUCAUGAUGGGUAACAACCCAGACCCCAUGUGUGUGUUCACAUAUGUCCAGUCCCUCUGCCACAGCCUCUCCAAGAUCGAGAAAGAGAGGAAGGACAAAGAGAAGGAAGAGAAGGAGAAGGCUGGUAACGAGGGAGGAGAGGAGGCAAAAACAGACGAGGUGUCAAAGGAGAAAGACGAGGAAGAGUCUGCUGAGAGCGAGAUGAUGGACAGACAAGAGGAGAAACAAGGAGACAGUGUAGAGACAGAAGGAACUGAUCAGCUGGAAGAUGCACCACAGAGUGGUGAGAUGGAGGAAGGCGAGCAAGCCUUAGUCGAAGCAGAGUCCUAGAAAAAUACUGACAAAUAGACUGAAAAGACCAAAAAAGGUUGUUGAUGGUACGACAAUGAGUAAGUCUUAGUUUGGAGCUGGAUCGACUACUGUCACAGUAACGAGGCACAUGAGGUUGACUCAAAUGCUGGCAAUUUCCAGUUACAGUAUGUUUGAAAGUGUACUAUGCUGUGUUUUUUUAUUCACUGCUGUGUUGUUGUCUAUGUUUGUUUUGAGCACAUAAAGCAGAAACGCUCAGUUCCUCAAUUUGCUGUGUGUUCAAGAAUAAAAUGAUGAACUUCAAAGUUCUAUGCGAAACC